AUGGCAAUUUUUCUUUCGCUCCUCAUUGCGGGAGUGGUUCCAGGCGACGGAUGGCUGCAGCCUCCUCAUGUUCACACCUUGGGCGCUUUUGCAGCGUUAUUGCUCAGACAGGGCACUGAAGGAUUCCGAGUGUCGGUGUGCAUAAUGCGCGCAGCAUGCGUGGUUCUGAAUUGUAUUUGCGCUGGCAUGCGGGAAAAUAGAUGUGCAUCAAAACCUCUUUACGCUCCAAUUUGGAUAUUUUAUGCGUUCACUUGUUGUUCUUACCGCCCCGAGAUGCAAACAUUCGUAUCACCACACCAAAAUCCUCUUGAACACACAUCUCAACGUCCAGUAUUUUCCAGUGCCAAUUUGAUGUUGCCCAACUAUCCUCCUACUCCUAAAAGGGCCGCCACAAAAGAGGAUGCAUCUCGUCUUGCUCUGCAGCUCCGUAGAGUUUUGAUACCGUCAACCUCGACAAUGCCACCAAUAAUUACUACGUGA